UUCUGUUCGCUGGGUUAUAUAUAUACACAAAUUCGGAUUUUAUUUUGGGUUGUAAAAACUCGUCUUGUUCCAAAAAUCUUGUUGCAAAAAUCAAGAAAAAUCCAGUUCCUUGACCAAAACUAAAUCGAGCUUAAAUCAACACAUAAAUAUCUACAUCGUUUUAUACACAAUAAAGUUAAAUUCAUCUGUUGCAGCAGCCACAUCCGCAUUGAUAUUUGAGCUAAACUAAAAGUAUUAAGAUGGCAGCUGUAGAGAACGAACCGCGUACGGAGCUCCAGGAGCUGCAGCUUAAAUCAGCCCAGGUGGCCGAUGAGUCAUUGGAGAGCACACGGCGUAUGUUAAGCCUUAUGGACGAAAGCAAAGAGGCUGGAAUCCGCACUCUGGUGGCCCUGGACGAUCAAGGCGAGCAGCUCGACCGCAUUGAAGAGGGAAUGGAUCGUAUUAAUGCCGAUAUGCGUGAGGCAGAGAAGAAUCUAAGCGGCAUGGAGAAAUGCUGUGGAAUUUGUGUUUUGCCCUGGAAGAAGGUAAACAUCAAGGAUGAUGGAGACAACGCAUGGAAAGCUAACGACGACGGCAAAGUGGUUGCCAGCCAGCCUCAGCGGGUGAUCGAUGAACGUGAACGUGGUGGCAUGGGUGCUCCCCCACAAUCGGGCUAUGUGGCUCGCAUAACUAAUGAUGCUCGCGAGGAUGAGAUGGAUGAAAACCUCGGCCAGGUAAAUUCCAUGUUAGGUAAUUUGCGUAACAUGGCCCUGGACAUGGGAUCCGAACUAGAAAAUCAGAACAAGCAAAUUGAACGCAUCAAUGCCAAAGGCGAUGCCAAUAAUAUUCGAAUGGAUGGUGUUAAUAAGCGCGCAAAUAAUCUGCUCAAAAGUUAAAUUCUCACAAAUUUGCCAAACGAACGAUCCACCACUCACUCAUUGACUUCACACCAUCACUUCCCCUUCCCACCCUGAUAGAGGGAAAAAAAUACAAAUGUUAUGGGCACAAAAUGCAUAUAUGUAGAUCGGAUGACUGGUAGUAUCUGAAUUUAUAUAGUUUUCUUUUUGUUGCGGUCACCGUGUCAUCCAAAACUCUUUAUAUUAUAUACAAAUACAAAGUGAAUGGACAUAUAUACAUAAAUGUAUGAACUAACUAACGCAACUAACCCAUCUCAACUCUACCUAAACUUUACAAUUGUAUACAAAAAAGACAAAAAACACACACAAUUUAUUAUGAGAUUUAUCGUAUGGAUGUACUCUAAUUUUUGGUACAAAACUUUUUGAGGCAUUUUACGUACAUAUAUAUACUACCUUUUGUGAAACCAAACUAUGUGAACUACAAAUAUAUCUACAUAUAUUAUAUUUACAACUACAAAACUUAAGUCAGAGAUGAUGACACAAAAAAACAAGGUGCGCACAACUUGCUCAUACAAGUUUAGCGCAAUUGAGAUUUACGGAUGACGAAUGGAUUUAGUUGGCGAUGAUGCUGUCCAUAUCGUAGCUAAAUUGAUGUUUAACCAUUUGGCUUGUUCAAC